GCACAAGGAUUAAUUGGGAGUGAGGGGAGGGAAUAGUCAAGGGUCCGUGUGGCCUAGUGGCGGCGACGCGGUGGUUAAGCGCUUAGGCACGUGAGAACACGCGUCGAGUGACGUCACGCGUUACGCCCCAUCUCGCUCACGCCGCCUCCCCGUCGACGGGCUGCGGGCUCCCUGGCUCGCAUCGGAAUCACCAGUCCUCCUAUGCUCGCGCGCAGGACGGCGUACAGGAUGCAACGGCAGCACGACUCAACGCGAACGGUCUUCCGAUACCCAACGUCGUCGCACUUCCGAUGACUCCCCUUCCGUGUCUCCUGCAUCACCUUCGUCAUUCGUCAUGCCCUGACAUCAUCUCUGUGGAUAUGUGAGCAGAUAUAAAUUCAAGUCCUUCAAGAUACAAACCCCCAUACCAGCAGCAGGCUUACCAGUCACAGAAGCCACCACAUAUGCGACCAUGGACUCUGAGAACAAGCCCAACGGCCCCUCGCCCCAUUACUCUCUCUAUCAGCGUGAGGUCUUCAAGCGCGGCGGCGACACUGGACAGCUGCCGAGCUUCUCCGUUCACCCAGAGGAGCUGCAAGAGUCCAUUAAGAAGAAGCUCAGUGACCGCGCGUAUUUCUAUGCCAGCUCUAACGCCGGCCUCGGCUGGACAGACCGCGCCAACCGCGAGGCAUUCUAUCGCUGGCGUAUUGUGCCGCGUACGCUUGUUGAUACCAACGUGCGCGACUUGACUACGACGAUAUUCGGUCACCGUAUCCCCGCCCCGAUCAUGUUUGCCCCCAUCGGGAUCAACAAGCUCUAUCACCAGCUCGGUGAGCUGGUCCCUGCCAAGAUCGCAGGAGAGCUCGGAAUUCCGUACUGCCUCUCUACCGCAGGCUCACAACCUAUCGAAGCCGUGGCUGCCGCUAACGAUGCGGGCGCAGCCAUCAAGAACGACAGCAACAGCGUCUGGCGAUACGAUGGCCCAAAUGGCGGAAGCGCACAGAGCCCGCGCUUCUACCAAUUAUACAUGGGGCACGAUGACGAGAUAACACUCUCGCUCAUCACGCGCGCAUGGCGGGCGGGUUUCGACGUGCUGAUGCUCACGACGGACACUUGGCAGCUCGGCUGGCGCCCAACAGACAUCAACCUCGCCAACUAUACGUUCUACUAUCCCGGUACCGUAGGCAACGAGAUCGGGAUGUCGGACCCAGUGUUCAUGCGCAAGCACGGCGACGAGCUCGCGCGCGACUCGGGCAAAUGGAUCGACUACAGCGUGUGGCACGGCAAGGCGCACACGUGGGAGAAGGUCCGGUGGUUGAUUGGCGAGUGGAAGAAGAUCUCGGGCGGGCGGCCUUUCGUGCUGAAGGGGAUCCAGAGUGCGGCGGAUGCGCGGCGAGCACUCGAGGUGGGGUGUGAUGGGAUCGUUGUGACGAACCAUGCGGGCCGGCAGGUGGACGGUGCGGUGGGCAGCCUUGAGGUCUUGCCGGAAAUCGCGGAGGCGGUCGGUGAUAAGAUGACGAUCAUAUUCGACUCGGGCGUGCGCACGGGCGCGGACGUGUUCAAGGCGAUUGCGCUGGGCGCGCAUGUCGUCGAGGUGGGGCGGCUCUACGUGUGGGGCAUGGCGCACGAGGGCGAGUAUGGAUGCCGGCACGUCAUGAAGAGCUUGCUUGCGGAGCUGGAUAUAUUGAUGACCGUCGCGGGGUACAAAUCCAUCACGCAGGACGUGUAUCGUAACAAGGAUGCACUGAGGUUCAACCCGAACGGGGUGCCUCCGGGCCCAGGCGAGCAUGCAAAGCUGUGAGAGGGGCGGCAGCGCGAUGUCAGUGGGCAUGUUGUAUUUUAUAUUUUAGUGCAUGGGUGUUCGAUUUGUACGAUUAUGUGCUGGGAUAGCGUGUGUUGUGAGUGUUUUUUCGGUGAGUCGUAGUCGUUGGCGGCCAGUCUUCUGUCGCGGGCUGUGCUUUGGUUCGCGGCUUGUUCUGUUUUUGCCCUGCUUUUGCCCUAGUCGGUCUUGCGACCUGAGGAUGUGCCCUGCACAUAUCACCGCAGACAUGAAAGCAUUUGCGACCGUUCGUUUUUGUUAUUAAAUGACACUAAAUUGUAAUUAACUGCCUUUUUGGGACACAAAGUUGCUUAAUUAGGGCAUAGUGUUGCAUAGGUCACACUUUAGAACACAUUUUCAGAGCAUUUGCAAGGGGAAU